GUUUUACAAACAGACUCACGUAAAACAAAGGAGACCACAAUAUUAACAAUUUAAAGCUUAAUACUAUUUUAGAGUUUUAGUAGCAGGUACUUCUGCAACUGGUCCUGCACUGAGAUGGGCGUGGUGUUACCGAACACACCGCGGAAACAGACGAGCACGUUCUGAGGGCUCGCGACAGUCAACAGUGUGAAACAAACUGGACAUGGCGAGUGCGCAAAGGUGUGCGGAUGAUGCCUGAGGUUUCCACCUGUUUUAACCUGCAGUUUAAAGCUGACUACUACCUUCCAGAGGCCCUCCUAAUGCAGCAGAGGUGAGACCAGAGCAUCAUGUUGGAGCCUCCGGAUUCCAGCCAGGAGAUCGUGGAGUGGCUGUCCACCCUCCGCCUGUCCCAGUACACCUCAUAUUUCCAUCAAGGAGGCUAUCAAUCUCUUGAAGACUGCAGUGACCUCACAGAUGAGUGUCUCCAGGAGCUGAACGUGAUUCCAACAGGCCAUCGGAGGCGCAUCCUUCGCAGUUUGGAAGCACUAGGCGUGAAGCAGCCGAGCGGUGGAGAGGAAGAUGAAGAGGACGAGAACAGGAGGCGUGGAAGGAGGCCUGUGCCACACCCGAGACGUAUAUUCCUGAAGGAUAAAAAGAGGGGGUCUUCAUGUCACAACCAACAGCCAAAGGAGAGGAUGGAGUUCGAGGAGAGUCAGACUUUGCCUCCUGGAGCCGGACUCGGAACAGAAUUUGAGGACGUCACGGAGAGAAGUGUUCGUCCGCCUGUACCGGCUCCUCGAGAUCCCCAAAAUAUUCAAACAUCCCCUCCCGAACCUCCUUGUGUCCCCACCUCCGUGUCCUCCAGAAGCAGCAGUAGCAGCAGCGAGUUCCUCUCCAUAUCUGAGAUGCCCUCAGACUGGGAGGUUUCCUCAGAGAACCCGUCUCUAUCCAGCACCGACUCCUUCCCCUGUCUGGCUGACGGCCCUCACCCAUCGCUCACUGAAGACAAUUGGGUUUUUCAAGGGAAUAUGGUGGAAAACUCCAUCUACGAGGCUCAGCCCAGUUUUAAGGUUCCUGUUGGUCCACGGCUCACUCGCUCCUACCGGCUGAGGCACCGUCCCGUCCCUCAGAUCCCCAAUCAGCCCACACUGCCACCUCAGGACAGGAGCGCAGCACCGGCGCAAACAACCAGCCUCGAACACCUCACCGGCUCCGAGGGUCCCACCGGUGCAAACGGCAUACAGAAAGCUCCACUUCAAAGAACCUUGACGCCCAUCGCUCCCUAUGGAGAAAUGUUCCUGUACAACAACCCCGAAAGCACUGCGGACCUCGGCCCUAAAGAAGGCUUACAGAAGGGUUUUAAAGACAAGAUAAAACAGAAGAAACACAGAAAAAAGCCACCUAAAAGGAAGAAAUCCAAGGACCAGGACAUUCCCCCUGCUCCAACUAUCCCAGACCAUUACCAAGAUGAAUACUCCACUGUGGAUGAGUGUGCUAGCAUGGUCAGUUUGGACCAAAGUUUCCCCGUCACCCCUGACGCUCCUGCUGUGGGAUCCGCAGCCUCUGGCCCUGAGGAUGGACCUUUAAUCAUGGUGGAGUGUGACCUCUACGCCGAUCCUGCAGACGCUGUGGGAAAUGCACUUCCUGAUAUUUCUCCGUACGCAUGCUUCUAUGGAGCCCCCAAACACCAGGUGCUCAAAGUGGGAUGGCUGGACAAGCUGUCGCCUCAAGGGAAAUGUGUUUUCCAGAGGCGGUGGGUGAGAUUCGACGGCGAGAGCCUGGCCUACUACAACAACGACAAGGAGAUGUACUCUAAAGGUACGAUCCUGGCCAGUGCUAUCAAACAGCUGCGAGGACUUGGCGACAACAAGUUCGAAGUGCUUACCUCGCUUCGGACUUUCGUUUUCCGGGCUGAAAGAGAAGGGGAGCGCCAGGAGUGGAUGGAAAUUCUUCAGACGGCCACGCGCCCCCCCGCCUGCGGCUCCCAGAAGCGCUCAGACAGCCUCCCCCACCCGCCCUCCACAAACAAGCAAGGCUUGCUGGAUCUCCGCGGUUACAAAGGCAGAGUGCUGGUGUCCCUGGCGGGGAGUAAAGUCAGGCUCUGCAAAACAGAACAGGACUAUAAAUCGGGCUUGGCUAUAGCUGAAGUGGAACUGGCUGCUGCCAACAUUAGAGACGUGGACCGCAGGGGCUUUGAAAUCAACACGCCCUUCAAGAACUUCUGCUUCACGGCCGAGUCAGAACAGGAGAAGGAGGAGUGGAUUGAAGCGGUCCAGGAAUCGAUCGCCGAGACACUCUCUGACUAUGAAGUGGCGGAGAAGAUCUGGUUCAACGAGGCCAACAAGAGCUGCGCCGACUGUCGCGCCCCGCAGCCGGAGUGGGCCUCGGUCAACCUGGGCGUGGUCAUCUGCAAGAAGUGUGCAGGGCAGCACCGCUCCCUUGGACCCAGUAUAUCCAAAGUACGGAGCUUGAAGUUGGACAGCAGCAUCUGGAGCAAUGAGCUGGUGGAGCUCUUCCUUGAGGUGGGGAACAAGAAUGCUAACAGUUUCUGGGCUGCUAAUCUUCCCCUGGAGGAGGAACUCUACAGCGGGGCCUCGGCCGAGCAGCGCGCCACGUUCAUCCGCAGGAAGUACAGGGAGAGGAAGUACCGGAGGGUCCUGGAGGGCUUUAAUGAUCUGGAGCAGCUCACCCAGGCACUGUGUGCAGCGGUGGUGAUGCCUGAUGUGCUGCAGACCAUGGAGCUGGUGUUCAGUGGGGCGGAUGUCCUGUGUGCCACGGGGGAUCCGACCUGCUCCACCCCAUAUCUCCUGGCCCAACGCACUGGACUGAAGCUACACAUGGAGUUCCUGCACCAAAACAAACACUCUGAUUUCCCCGUCCUUGAGCAGUGGUCCGAGAGCGCCUCCCUUUCCGAAGCUUCCCUCUUCAUGGAUGGCUUCCUCUACAUCUCCACCGGCGCUUCCAAGACGACGUUGGACCGACGUGGAAGAGAUGACAUGGCGCGUCGUUGGUGUACAUUGGAAGGCGGUUUCUUGAGUUACUACGAGAGCGAGCGAAACCCGUCGGCCAUCGGCAGGGUGGACGCGUCGGAGGUGGUGAGCCUGGCUAUCAGCAACACAGAGACAAUGACUGGAGCCGGGGCUGUGUUUACCGUGGAUCUGUACCUGCAGACGGAGCGGGUACUGAUUGUCGGCGCGGAAACACAGGAAACACAGCAUGACUGGAUCCAGGCGCUAACAAAGUGCUUCGUCCCGUCUAAAGUGGAAGGGCUGGUGCAGAGAGAGGGCGAGCUGAUUGGCAGACUGCACUACAAAGAGGGCCACGACCUGUACCACUGGAGGGUGGGCUGGUUCGUCCUGGAAGGCUCUGCGCUGCACUUCAGCUCGGGAGAAGAAGAAGAAAAGGAGGAAAUGCUUCAACUCAAACAGCUACAGGAGCUCACUGUCUCCACACAUACGGAGGGGGAGGAAAAGAUCCAAGUCCUGCUGAUGGUGGAGGGAAGAAGAACAGUUUACAUCCAUGGCUUCAACAGGAUGGACUUUGCUCUGUGGCUCUCGGCCAUCACUCUGGCUGCCGGCACAGAUGGAAAGGCGCUGAGCGACCAACAGCUGACCAAAAACAGCGUACCCAUUAUUGUCGACAGUUGCAUUGCUUUUGUCACCCAAUAUGGUUUGUGCCAGGAGGGGGUCUACCAGAUGCCGGGGGACCCUGACCGCGUGGCCCUGCUCCUGGAGGAGUUCACCCGGGACGCCCGUAAUGUGAAGCUGAGGGAGAAGGAGCACCAGCUGGAGGAUGUGACGGACACCCUGAAGAGCUUCUUAUCCCAGGCUGAGGACGCACUGCUGACCAAAGAGCUGUAUCCAUACUGGGUGUCAGCGCUGGAUGAGAAGGUGGAGAAGCAGAGAGUAAAGAAGUACUCCACUUUCAUUGAGAGUUUGCCAAAGAUAAACAGGUCAACCCUUGAGGCCUUGCUACAACAUCUGUACAGGAUUCAGCAAUGUUCCAACCUCAACCACAUGCCGAGCGAAAAACUGGCUUCUGUCUUCUCCUCCCGCUUGUUCCAAACACGGGGACAAACCCCUCAGGAAAUUAGCGUUGUGCAUGACCUCAUCAGCAACUACAUUACACUCUUCAAUGUCAAUGAAGAGCGGGUGCAACAGAUGGAGAGAGAGAACAGUUUCAUCACACGCUGGAACGACAAGAAGGACACCACAUUCUCUCCUGCUGGGGACUUGAUCUUCGAGGUGUACCUGGAAAAGAGAGAGCCAGAAAACUGCUGUUUAAUCAAGGUUUCUCCCAGCAUGCGGCCUACGGAGAUGGCAGAAUCUGCGUUGAGUAUGAGGAACAUCACCUUUAGUGCCGAUGACUUCUGGACCACCUUUGAAGUCAUUGAACAUGGAGAGUUAGAGCGACCGUUACACCACAGUGAGAAGAUCCUCGAACAGGUGCUGGAGUGGAGUUCUUUAGAUUUCCCUAGUUCUGCUUUUCUUGUUAUAAAGAAAUUCACAGGGUCCAGAAGAGUGGCAGACAAGAAAGCGGAUCAGAAGCAGUUUAUAAAAGGAGACUUUCUGAAGUUCAACGAUGGAUCCUCCAAACUGCUGUCGGGGCACAAAUUCCAGGACAAAUAUGUUGUACUACGUGCCGAGAAUCUGCUGCUCUACAGAGAUAUCAAAGGCACUAAAGCAGAGAAAGUAAUCCAACUCAACUCUCUGAAGUGUUACCUGGGCCUGAAGAAAAAGCUCAAACCUCCAACCAGCUGGGGCUUCACAGUCUACACAGAUAAACAACAAUGGCAUUUCUGCUGCGAGACGAGGGAGGCACAGGUCAACUGGGUGACGGACAUCAUCAGGAUGAAGUACGGUUCUGACCUGUGGUCAAUGACUACGAGUAACUCUAAAGAAGCUGCAGAUCCCAAAUACUCCAGAGGGGGAGCUGUGACUGAAGCCCGCAAUGUUCAAAAACACAACACCAGCAAACAGCCGGCAGACAAGAGGUUCUCUCUUGUCGAGAGCACCCUAAAGCCGUUAAAGGACGCCAAGUCCAACACCGGACCCAGCUACCCGAAGCCCAACGACGCGUUCAAGGCCCCAGAAGUCCCGUACCGAAGAACUUCAGUGGAUGCUGGCCAGGCGCAUUGCCCUGCCCCCCCCUCCUCAUCCAGACACCUGCAGCCCAUGGCGCUGCCUCUCCCCUCCCAGAGUGGCUUCAAGUCCCUCGGCAGGAGACCUGUUGUAGGGGCGGAGAGCAUGAUGCCGCCUAAUUUUCUAAAUGAACUCAACUCGGUGCUGACUAGCAAGACCAGUCGCAGUGCCAAGAGCAAUGACUGACACAGAAGAGAGGUAAGAAGAACAUUACAGGGUGUUCAAGGAAAUAGGUGGAGCCAAAGUAUGGUGCUUAAGGUAGGGGGUGAUGGCUCCAACUGGGAUGUAUUAAGGGAUGUCGUUGCAGGUGCGAAAGACAUUGGAGGUCAUGCCGACCUCAGCUGGACACGACGCUGACCCAAGCACUACAAAGCGUGAUGUAUACGCCGCUCUUCUUAAACCAGAACAUGUUGCAAAAAUAUGUUCGGCUGUCAAACCUUAGAAGUUUCCAGAACUCAUACCAAAGUGCUUGCUUCAUGCUUUUACUUUGAAAUGCUGUUUUGACUACAUCUGACAAGUAUUAUGUUUUUUUAUAAUCCUCAUACAGUGAUCUUUAGCUUAGCAUGUUACUUAUUUUUGGCUAUUUUGUUUCUAGCACUUGCUGCAAAAGCUAUAUCAAGGAGUUGCACACUCAAACAAAUGCUCUUACUUUGUACAGGAAGGCAAAGGAAAUAAUGCAUUCAAAUGUAAAAAGAGAGCUGAUAGCAAUGAGAUGCAAUAAUAGCUGAUAUAGGAGGGCAAUAUCACACGUUAUUAUUUAUUUGUAAUUAUUUUUUAAAUAUGUUUCAUAACAGUUCAAAGUAACCCACAGCUUUUUGAUUUGAUUUUUUUACGUAGCAUCGUUUCUUUUAAGCAUUUUAUUGUGUUGUGCACAAUGUUAGCAAAUGUGAUUUAAAUGUACACUAUACAUAUGACAAUAAACAAUGCUUUCACUUGC